UGGAAUGUUACACCAGGAGUGCUAAUCUUGUAGCUACUCUCCAGGAGCACAGGAAGCUCCUCCAGUGAUUUCAGGCUAGCAGGUAAUAGCAAAUAACUAAGGAGGAGAGAAUCAACACAUACUCAAGCUUAGGAUUUCCAAAUUUUAUUUUUGUUACACAGCAAACCAGGCCAGAAUGUCUGUUCUGCAGCCAGGUGCUGUUCAAAAACCUUUUUUUUGACUCCUGCUGAAGCACAGAUUUCCUAAUUCUGUUUGUUCAUUGAGUAAUUCUGAAAUUGAAGCAACGUCCUGCAACAUAAUUAUAACUAAGCUGAUAUGACUAAGCAAUACUAUUGGAAAAUCAGCUGAGCAGCAGAUUUCUGUUUUGUCAAAACUACAGUUUUUAUUAUUGGUGAAGGUUUUAAGAAAGCUGUUUGCAGCAUCUCUUCAGAUAAGACCUACAAUCACAGAAUGGCUUGGCAGCCAACCAAGAUGGAGAACACUCAAAGGAAAGACAGAAGUAUACUUGGAGUGUUGCUUCUUGCUGAUGUGCAUGGCAGAUGCCUGUUUCAUGCUUCACCCUUUGACUGCCAGCUAUGAUGUCAGAUAGAGUUGUACCUUAUUAAGCAAUUGCACUUCACUUCCUGUUAGUUUGACACUUUCAAGUGCUUCCACACCCAGAGGCCAACCUCUGAAAAACUGCUUGCUGGUAUCAUCUCCACCUAAGAGAUUUCUCUUUGUAAAACUUAAAAAAAAACCACUGGAGAGUUAUGAAAAUCACAUUUUACUUUGCUGCAUUGUUCUUACUGGAUUUCUUCACUUGCUUUCAUGCUGAUCUGCAAUAUCCCUUGCCUGACAUAGAAGAUGCAAAGUUCAUUGAAGAUUGUGUGAGAGCUCACAACACAUUUCGAUCCAAAGUGAAUCCACCAGCCAGCAACAUGUUUCGUAUGUCCUGGGACGCUGCUUUAGCUAAGACUGCCAAAGCGUGGGCAAAGAAGUGCACGUUUAACCACAAUACCUACCUUGAAACACCAGGGAAAAUGCACCCCACCUUUGCACUUGUUGGAGAAAACAUCUGGACUGGCACAGCCCACAUAUUCUCUGUGGAUGCAGCACUCAGGGCCUGGUUUAAUGAAGUCAGCAGCUAUGAUUUCAGCACCAAUACAUGUACUGACAAGUGUGGUCACUACACUCAGGUCGUUUGGGCAGAGAGUUUCAAAGUUGGCUGCGCAGUUCACUUCUGCAGUACAGUUGAAAAUUUUCCAGGACUGUUCAAAGCAGCACACUUUGUUUGUAACUAUGGGCCAGCGGGGAAUUACCCAAGAAAACCAUAUAAAGAAGGACAGCCAUGCAGUAGAUGCAGUAAUGAGAAGUGUGUAGACAAGCUCUGUGAAAAUACAGAACGUGAGAAGCUGAAAAGUUAUGCCAACUGGUAUCCAGACUGGGAUACACAGCCCCAGCCACCGCGGCCCCGGCCCCCCCGGCCUGCCGUGCCAUCAUACGUCCCACCUGCUGAGCAUCCACGUCCCUCUUGUGACCAAUACUGCCUUAGUGUUUUAAUUUUAAGGCCACUGUUUCUCGUACUGAGUGCUAGUGCUGUACUUUUAGUACAACAGCAAUUUCCACACAGAUUUUUUUAUGAGUAAUGGUCAGUUAAGACACUGAUUGUGAUCCUACUGCUGUAUUACUCUCACAUAAUUGGCACACAUUUAAAAAAACACUUGGUCAUUUCUCAUUAUCCCUGCAGUUUUUAUCCAGCAUAGGAAAGGUUGCUUCUUCACUCAAUGCAAAAUACAAGUGGCUGUGCAUAGAGGUAGUAUAAUUUAUUGGCAGUAGCUGCAACGUGCUCUUAUGUCUGCACGAGCCUCCUAGCUCUAGGGCUAGGUUGCUAGAGGGACCACUGAGAAUAGAUAUUACUCCAUGUGCUAACAAUCCUCCUGGAAACCUGGGGCAUCAUGAAGACAUGUCCGAGGUGGCACACCGUACCCAAAAGAAGCAGUAAUUCAUCUUCAUUAGCCUUCAGUUAGCCUGGACACAGUUUUCCCCAGAUAAUGGAGAUUUAAUUGUAUAUAUUACUUUUUAUGAACAGGAGUAAAGCUUAUCCUUGGUUACAUUUAA